CGGAAGUUGGCGCGGGCCGGGCGGCGGGUGGAAGCCGGUGCCGGAGCGCGAAUUGCAGCGCCGUCGCCUUCACUGCCUGGGCCGGGGUCGCCGGCCCGCCCGCCCGUCCGCGAUGGGGACCGGGCCCUGAGCGCCCCGCCCGGCCUCCCUUUCCACAGCGACCCCGCCCGGCCGCGAUGGAGGCGCCUUCAGCGGGCCCCCUUCCCGCCGAGGGCGGCCCGCCGGUGACCGUGGCCGAGGUGCGCUGCCCGGGCCCCGGGCCGCUGCGCCUGCUCGAGUGGAAGGUGGCGGCGGGCGCGGCCGUGCGUAUCGGCUCCGUGCUGGCCGUGUGUGAGGCCGCCGCUUCCGCGCCGCCCGCCGGUCCCGCCCCUGCCCGCGCUGGCUCCGGGGGCUGUGUGCGAGCCGAGCGAAGGCUGAGGUCCGAGCGCGCCGGCGUGGUGCGGGAGCUGUGCGCGCAGCCGGGCCAGGUGGUGGCCCCCGGGGCCGUCCUGGUGCGGUUGGAAGGCUGUAGCCAUCCGGUUGUCAUGAAAGGCUUGUGUGCCGAGUGUGGCCAAGACCUGACCCAGUUGCAGAGUAAGAACGGGCAGCAGCAGGUACCUCUGUCCACGGCCACAGUGUCCAUGGUGCACAGCGUCCCAGAGCUGAUGGUGAGCUCCGAGCAAGCCAAGGAGCUGGGAAGGCAAGACCAGCAGCGGCUACAUCGAAACAGGAAGCUGGUGCUCAUGGUCGACUUGGACCAGACGCUGAUCCACACGACAGAACAGCAUUGCCAGCAGAUGUCAAACAAAGGUAUCUUUCACUUCCAGCUGGGCCGCGGCGAGCCGAUGCUGCACACGCGUGUGCGUCCGCACUGCAGGGAGUUCCUGGAGAAGAUCGCCAGGCUGUACGAGCUACACGUCUUCACGUUUGGGAGCCGGCUGUACGCUCACACCAUUGCAGGCUUUUUAGACCCUGAGAAGAAGCUUUUUUCUCAUCGAAUAUUAUCGAGGGAUGAAUGUAUUGACCCAUUUUCUAAAACAGGAAACCUUAGAAAUCUCUUUCCCUGUGGAGACUCGAUGGUGUGCAUUAUUGAUGACCGGGAAGAUGUCUGGAAGUUUGCCCCCAACCUGAUAACCGUGAAGAAAUACGUCUACUUCCAGGGCACAGGGGACAUCAAUGCUCCCUCUGGGUCACGGGAGUCCCAGGCGAGGAGGAGAGUGACUCAGUCUUCUAAAGCUGCCGACGUCGCGGAACACGCUCCGUCCGUCAGGGAGACCGAGGAGGGACGGCAAAUCCCUGGGGUCGAGCAAAGUAACGGCCUUGGGAAGCCCACGAGGGAGCUCAACGGGGGUGUCUCCCCACGGGGGGGCUGGCCCCUGCCCGGGCAGGAGGAGGACAGAGGCGCCCGGCCCACCACCCACGGCCCCUUGGCUGAUGGCAGGGGACCCCCAGCAUGUGCUCAGCCGCACGGUCGGACAUCGCUGGAAAAGCGGCCCGCUCAGGGCACGGCAGGCGGUGACCUGGACUUUGACCUUUCCAGUGACAGCGAGUCGGAUGCCCAGUCGUCCUCUGAAGGCGAAAGUGGGGAGAGGAAGGGCCUGGAAAGGCCUCAGGGCUCACGAGAUGCAGGGAAAGUGGCGCAGCGGGGAGGCCCUCCUGGUCCGGGAGGGGAGAAGCCUGCGGGAGCCAGUCCGUGUGGAGAGUCUGCCCCGGGCGAGCAUCUGGAUGUGCAGGACGAGGACGAGCGGGACGGCCUCUGCGGGCUGGGCGGGGGCUCUGCGGACAGGAAGGAGGCCGAGACCGAGUCGCAGAACAGCGAGCAGUCGGGCAUCACGGCGGGUGAGUCCCUGGACCAGAGUGUGGAGGAGGAGGAGGAGGAGGAGGAGGACACGGAUGAGGACGACCACCUGGUCUACCUGGAGGAGAUCCUCGCUCGGGUGCACUCUGAUUACUACGCCAAGUACGACCGCUACCUCCGCGGGGACAGCCAGGAACCCCCCGACAUACGCAAGAUCGUCCCUGAGCUCAAGAGCAGGGUGCUGGCAGACGUGGCCAUAAUAUUUAGCGGGCUGCACCCCACAAACUUCCCCAUCGAGAAGACGCGGGAGCAUUACCACGCCACAGCCCUUGGAGCCAAGAUCCUCACUCAGCUGGUGCUUGACCCCGAUGACCCCGACAGGGCCACCCACCUGAUUGCUGCGAGGGCAGGCACAGAGAAGGUGCGCCAGGCCCAGGAAUGCGGGCAGCUGCACGUGGUCAACCCCGACUGGCUGUGGAGCUGCCUGGAGCGCUGGGACAGAGUGGAGGAGCAGCUGUUCCCGCUCAGGGCUGACUACGGCCGGGCCCAGAGGGAGGAUGGCCCCGCAGCCUUUCCCGACAGGCAGGGUGCACUUCCGACCGCCUUGUUCCACCCGACGCCCGUCCACCCCAGGGCCCAGUCUGGGCCGGAAGUUCGCAUCUACGAUGCCAACACGGGCAAGCUCAUCCGGAAAGGUGCUGUGGGCCCCGGGCCCCCCAGCUCCCUGGCGGUCCACACGGAACACUCCUCCUUCAGAGUGGUUCAGCCGCCACCACAGAUGCUCGCUCAGGAGCUGCCAGACACCCGACGCGGAGAGCGGCCCGGCCCCGGCGGGAGGAAGCGACAGCCCAGCAUGUCAGAGACCAUGCCGCUGUACACGCUGUGUAAGGAGGACUUAGAGAGUAUGGACAAAGAGGUGGAUGACAUCCUAGGAGAGGGCAGUGAUGACAGCGACAGCGAGAAGAGGAGGCCGGAGGAGGAGGGGCCGCAGGAGCGGCCACUGCCCCGGGAGCCCCGGGCCACGCUCGAGGCCACAGCAUCCAGCGAGAGGAGCACAGCAGACAGCCGGGGGCCCAGGAAGGGUGAGACCAGCCUUAGCACACCGCACUGCCACCUGGGCACUGACCGUCUUUCCCUGGUCUUGAGCCACGCACUGGGCUCCGUGGGAACGCCCCGCACGACCACCCGAGUGGGGCUCAUCUGUGUUCUCUCGCUCCCUCUGUUAAUUCCCUGCAAGACGACCCUGUUGCGGGAGAGUCCUUGAUCUGUAGGACGGGUGCACCGUGUCUCUGACGUACCCGGCACCUGCGUGGGUCGUGUGUGGUCCAGCCCCGCAGGAAUGUGGCUGUGCGGUCUCCUCGGCCACCGAUGGGGGCGACAACACCCACCUCGCGGAUUUGGUGGAAAAGAGGGCUCGUGUCACCCCAUGCCAGCACUCCGCGUCAUCGGGAGGUGUCUGAGCACGAGGACGUUGCCGCAGUGAGCCUGUCCAGGUGUGGGCCGCUUCUGUCCCAGACGCUCUCCAAGUGCAGGUCAGACGUUUCCACAAAAGAUAUUAUCACACAAUAUCGUUGUUGUAAGGUGGCUCUUCUGACGGCUAACUCCUGUCCUGCCCUGGUC